UCGGGCGCCUGCGCAGGAGGUGCCGAGCGGCGUGAUGGCUCCGAACGCGGAAGGCGGGCAAGACACGGUGGGACGCGGAGCCCGCAAGGGCGUCCGGGCGCUGCUCCUGGGGCCGCCCGGGGCAGGGAAGGGCACUCAGGCUCCUCGGCUCGCAGAAACGUACUGUGUGUGCCACCUGGCCACGGGGGACAUGUUGAGGGCGAUGGUGGCUUCGGGCUCAGAGCUGGGGAAGAGGCUGAAGGCGACAAUGGAUGCAGGGAAGCUGGUGAGUGAUGAGAUGGUGAUGGAGCUGAUUGAGAAGAACCUGGAGACCCCCCCUUGCAAAAAUGGCUUCCUCUUGGAUGGCUUCCCUCGCACUGUGCGACAAGCGGAGAUGCUGGAUGAGCUGAUGGUGAAGAGGAAAGAGAAACUAGAUGCGGUCAUUGAAUUCAGCCUUGCUGACUCCUUGCUCAUCCGGAGAAUCACUGGACGGCUAAUCCACCCAGGAAGUGGCCGUUCCUACCACGAGGAAUUCAACCCACCCAAGGUCCAUAUGAAGGAUGAUGUCACUGGGGAAUCUCUGAUCCGCCGGUCAGAUGACAACGAAGCCGCGCUGAAAACACGCCUGAAGGCUUAUCACACCCAGACCACACCGCUGGUGGACUACUACUCCCGGCGUGGAAUCCAUACAGCUAUUGAUGCCUCCCAGUCUCCAGAUGUGGUUUUUGCCAGCAUCCUGGCAGCUUUCUCAAAAGCAACAACCGGGUGAUUCCAGCCAGCAGACAGCCCAGGACUGCAUCGAGCACGUCAGGUCCAACAACUGCCCCCCACCCCCCAGCUUUGCUCUUGGAACAGAGGGUGGGGGUGGGAUGGAAGGCCUCGUCCAAAGAGGGAAGGAAAUCGCCAGAAGUUGGGGUUCUCUCCAACAUUGCACCAAGGGGGGAAAUCCUGUUUUUAAAGAAAAGCAAAUCAGGAAGACAAGAAUAAAAUGUCACCGCAGGCUUGAGGGGCAGAGCGCUUUCAUUAUGACAUCAGUGAUUUGUAAUCUUUCAAAAAGGGAAUUUGUAGCAGUUAGGAGAGGAGGGUCUCCCACUUGACCGCUGGGGGGGUGCCUUUUCUCCUGAUGAUUUCCAGGGUUCCAGAUAGAUGACCUCUCAGUGCUGUCCCCCACAUGCGUCUGAGGCUGCCAUGCAACGGAGCCUCUAACGCUGGGCCCGCUCUUUGCCUCCUGCCCAUCUGGCUUCUCUCUGGGCUGGAGACUCCUGGGUGGGAAGAUCUCUUUCAUCCACCAGGCUGCAGAGGCUUCCAGUAGGCAAGUCCAUACAGGGACUCUCCUAGGAAGCUGGCUUUGAACGCCUGGAACAAGGGAUUCUCAUCCUGGCAGCUAAAAUGGACCUCCGGCACUUCAAGAGGAAAGGCCUAUUUUACGCUCUUCACAGACAGGGAUCUAAAAGUUUUUAGUCACAGGCAUUUGAAGCCUUUCCCUUUCUGAGGCCAACACUUUAUUUUUUCUUUGCACUUCAUGGACCCUUCCUCCCUUCCUUCCUCCCUCAAAGAUUGAAGGCACAAAGCCAAGCACCACCUACCUCGUCCCGCCUCUCAACCGGGGUGGUUGCCGAUUUCCACUCGUUUGUUUUCCUUUCUCCAGGACUGCUGUGCAGCCUCAAUAAAGUAGCUGUCAGGGCUGGG